GUUGCAUCCUCAUUAAAGAGAUGAAAUCGAAACAUCUUCAUCUGGGGAGAGAAAAGAUGAUCAACCAAUACAAUCAAUUAGAAACCAUUGAAUACCCACCUAACACUUUCCUGUUAAAUUCACCAACCCAACAUUUACAUUUCCUUCAGCCCUUUAAUUCAUGAUGAUACCCGAACUUCUGACCAGUCCACCCCACUGUCAAUUUUCUCUUCCCAACAUUACCUCUCUCUCUCUCUCUCUCUCUCUCUCUCUCACACACACACACACACACACGCACUCCCUUGUUCUCAUUUGAAAAGGCUUCAGUUGGUUUGUUUUCUUUGUUGGCUUUCAGCAGCCCAGGCAACUUGAGGACACAUUCCUUAUCUUGAAACCCCUAAAAACUUCAUUUGUUUUCUUUAGCAACCCAUUUGUUCCUGAGCAGUAGUUUUCCAAACUACAGGCUAGUUUUUGUUUUUGUUUUUGUUUCGAUUAUUGGGGUUUUCUGGGGAAAAAAAAGACCACACCAAUACUGGCGGAAAAUGGUUUGUGAUAUCUCAAAGAUUGAGUCUUUAACCCAGUAAUCAUAUAUUUGUUGCAACUCCAAAGCCACUGCUCACUUGGUGGAGUCUGUUUUUCUGGAUACAAUGGAGUUGGAGUGGAGAAAGAAAUGGGGCUUUUGAAAUGGUUAGAGCGUUUUGAUACAUUACCUCCCUCUUGCAUCUGUUUCUGAGAUUUUAGCCCCUGUCCUGAAAUGGGUAUUGUGUUUUUCAGCUCUAUCCUUGUUCUACCACUCUUCUUUAGGGUUUUAGUAUUUUGUCAAGAACCCAACACUGAUGAGUACUUUGUCUCUGAUUUCUUCCAGAAGAUGGGCAUAGCUUCUUCUGAUGGUAACUUUUCUGGUCCUGUUUGUUCAUGGGAAGGAGUAUCCUGUGACCAAGAAAAUGUUGUUGGGUUAGUGGCUUCUGGUUUGGGUUUAUCUGGUUUAAUUCCUGACACCACCAUUGGCAAGCUAGAAUAUCUUGAAUACCUAGAUCUGAGCAACAACAACAUCACUGGCUUGCCUUCUGAUUUCUGGAGUUUGGGUUCUUUGAAAUCUCUGAAUCUCUCAUCUAACCAGCUUUCUCAGACCCUCCCAAGCAAUAUAGGCAAUUUUGGCUUACUUGAAACCCUUGACCUUUCUUCAAACAAUUUUUCUGGGGGAAUCCCUGAUGCCUUUGGCUCCCUUGUCAGCCUUCAAGUUCUUAAGCUCAAUCUUAAUGGGUUUGAAUCAAAUAUUCCAUCUGGGAUUACUAACUGCCAAUCUUUGGUUUCAAUUGAUGUGUCAUCAAAUGAGCUAAUUGGCACUCUUCCUAAUGGGUUUUUUGCUGCAUUUCCUAAGCUUAAGUCCUUGAAUAUAGCUGGAAAUGGGAUUCAAGGCCGCGAUUCGGAUUUUGAGGGGAUUGGUUCCACUUCCGUUACAUAUCUAAAUAUUUCACGGAAUUCGUUUCAGGGUCCGGUUAUCGGUGUUUUUCAGGAGCCCUUGGAGGUGAUUGACUUGAGCCAGAACCAGUUUCAGGGCCACAUUUCUCAGGUGAAUUUCAGUUCUAGCUUCAAUUGGUCUAAUUUGGUUUACUUGGACUUGUCUGAGAAUCAACUUAGUGGGGAGCUUUUUAGUAAUCUGAGUGAAGCCCAGAAUCUGAAACACCUUAAUCUUGCUUACAAUAGAUUCUCUGCACAACCAUUUCCAGAAAUUAGUAUGCUCUUUGGUUUAGAGUAUCUCAACUUGUCUGGAACCAAACUCAUUGGACCCAUCCCAUCUGAAAUUUCAGAAUUGACUAGCUUGGAAACACUAGAUAUUUCCCAAAACCAACUAGUCAGCCAAAUUCCUCAAAUAAGUACCAAAAACCUUCAAAUUAUUGAUGUUUCCUAUAACAAUCUAAGUGGAAGCAUCCCAAUAUCCCUCUUGGACAGGCUCCCAUUGAUGGAGAUCUUCAAUUUCUCCUACAAUAAUUUGACCCUUUGUGCUUCGGGAUUUUCACCCGAAACCAUCCAAGAAGCCUUCAUCGGGUCAGUAAAUAGCUGCCCCAUUGCUGCAAACCCAGAUCUCUUCAGGAGGAAACCACACCAAGAUAAUGGUUUCAAGCUUGCUCUUGCUUUAACCAUCUCCUUGGUUUGUUUACUUGUGGGAUUACUGUUUUUAGCCUUUAGGUGCCGUAGAAAAACCAGAAUGUGGGCAGUGAAACAGACUUCUUACAAAGAGGAACAAAUCCUUUCCGGUCCCUUUUCGUUCCAAACUGAUUCCACCACAUGGGUAGCCGAUGUUAAGCUCGCAACUUCUGUCCCAGUGGUCAUUUUCGAGAAACCACUGUUGAAUUGCACAUUUGCAGACCUCUUGUCUGCGACUUCACAUUUUGACCGUGGCACAUUGUUGGCGGAAGGGCGUUUCGGUCCAGUUUACAGAGGGUUCCUACCCGGUGGGAUCCAUGUAGCUGUGAAAGUUUUGGUUCAUGGCUCAACCAUGACUGACCAAGAAGCUGCAAGAGAGCUUGAGUACCUUGGUCGGAUCAAGCACCCUAAUCUUGUUCCACUCACUGGAUAUUGCUUAGCCGGUGACCAAAGGAUCGCCCUUUACGACUACAUGGAAAAUGGAAACUUGCAAAACUUGCUCCAUGAUUUGCCAUUAGGUGUUCAGACAACCGAAGACUGGACCACAGAUACGUGGGAAGAGGAAGAUAACAAUGGGAUUCAAAAUGUGGGGUCUGAAGGUUUGUUGACGACUUGGCGAUUUAGGCACAAGAUCGCGCUUGGCACUGCUCGUGCCCUUGCAUUUCUUCACCACGGGUGCUCACCUCCUAUAAUUCAUAGGGAUGUAAAAGCUAGUAGUGUUUAUCUUGAUUGCAAUCUGGAGCCUAGACUAUCUGAUUUUGGAUUGGCAAAGAUUUUUGGGAAUGGACUAGAAGAUGAAAUCACUCGUGGGUCCCCCGGUUAUGUCCCACCGGAGUUUUUGCAACCGGAAACUGGAUCCCCAAAGAUCCCCACGCCUAAAUCGGAUGUUUAUGGAUUUGGGGUCAUUCUGUUUGAGCUCAUUACUGGGAAAAAGCCGGUCGAAGAUGACUACCCGGAUGAGAAAGAAGCAAAUUUGGUUUCUUGGGUGAGAGGACUGGUGAGGAAAAACCAAGGGUCUAGAGCUAUCGAUCCGAAAAUUCGUGGAACUGGAUCAGAUAAACAGAUGGAGGAAGCCUUGAAGAUUGGAUAUUUAUGCACAGCUGAUCUUCCUUCGAAGCGACCGAGCAUGCAACAGGUAGUUGGAAUUCUCAAGGAUAUUGAAUCAAUUAGUAAACAAUGAAGAACAAAACAUCUGGUUUCUCUGCAAUUUUUUUGUUUAUGUUUUUCAUGUCCUAUGUUUUGGGUCCUUCUCUGCUGCCAUGGAUGGACAUGUACAGUAAUCUUGAGAUUCUGUUUUGGAAUUUGGCUUGUUUCUUUUCUUACCAUUGUUGGUGGCAGAAGAGCUUGAUUAUAUACUUGGGUUGAUCUUGAUCCUUCAAA